AUGAAGGGGUGGCAAAGUUGGAAAAGUGUAAACUCAUGGAGCCAAUUGACAACUCUUGCGAGUCUUCUUUUUGCAAAAGACGAAAAAAUAGAAACUGCUGAUCUGCUGGGGGAAUGCUGGUUCUUUGAUAACUUGUUGAAGAUAACUCCAAGGAUGACAAGGUGUUACUCUGAUCCUUACCCUUCCACCAGUCUAAUUAGCCCCCCAGAUUUUUGGUUGAAGAACUCUGAUGUGUCUUCAUACUCGUCACGAAGUAAACCACCAAAUAAUGGUGCUUUAGUUCAUCCAAAGAAGAUCCAAAGAGCACCAUCCAUGCCACCAUUGAGAUUGGAAAGAAAUUGGUGUACCAAACAACAGAUCCUGUGGAGUCUCGCUCAGCCAGUAAAUAGUGCACAGAUGAAAGGACAUCAUAACAAACCCGAGUGGUUGAGGUGUUCUUUUACAUGGGCAUCUGGAGCAGGGAAAACCUUAGUUGUCCAGUCAUUGAUAAAAGGAUUGCAUACUUAUGUUGUCUCAACAUUGCUUGCUCUUAUGGAUGGUUUGAAAUCUAGGGGUUCAGUUGUGAUUACAGGUGCCACUAACCGUCCUGAAUCUGUUGACCCAGCGCUUAAGCUCCCUGGUAGAUUUGACCGGCUUUGUACUCAAGCGGCUAUUAAUGCGGCUCCUUGUUCCAUGUUUGUUACAUACAGCCAUUAUGCACUCUUCUUGUAUCUCUAUAUCUUGCUGAUCGUCUACACAAAAGGAAAAAGCCUUUUGAUCGCCGGUGGUUGCACAUGGAUGAUUUUCUUCAAGAAUUCAAUACUGUUUGAGUUAAAGAGAAAAACUUGUUCGGGCAUUUUAUCUGCGGAUGAUGUCAUUAUUUGUUCUAACGAUACUGUGGAUGAUGCUAAUGAUAACAACUUGAAGUUGGUAAGUCUGGAGCACGAUUCCUGUGAGCAUACAACAAAGGUUACACCAGCAAGUGGUGGGUCGUUAAACACUAAUCUCACAUGUGAAAAUCACCAAUCUGAAGGCGAGGACUGCCGUUUUCUUGUACCUAGAGAUGGUCAUGAUUUGGAGACAUUGAAGGAAAAUCAUAAUGAAAUUCCUUCUGAAACGACUGGAUACCUCACCUCUAAUGACAAAAAUGUGUGUGGAGAACUAGGGGUUUCAAAUAAUUUGAGCAAAUCCAUGGGCACUCAAUCUGUCGUCCUUUCUGAAAAUGGACUUCACACAGCUGUCGAACCAGAGACACAGAAUGUUGAGAUUUGUAACUUUCCCGACUCUGAUCAGCCUUUAGGUUGUCCUCGCCCUCGCAAGAUAUUGGCGCUAAAUCAAGUCCCAGUUGACUCUGGGGUUAUUUGCUUGUAUCAAUGUUGCCCUGCAUGUCUCCACAGUCUCCAUCUUCUGAUGAAGAAAACUGUUAGGUUUUGUUAA